AGGCCCAAUAAAAAGAAAUAUUUUUCCUUAUUACAGACGAAUCUCUCAAAACCUCCAGUGACUCUGAGAGGGUAUCAAUCAAGAGCUCCGGUGCUACAUUCUUCGGCGACGAAUCGACGAUCUUCAAGUGUGCCUGAAAGUGAAACAAACAAUGACAGAGAGAGAGUAAGAGGUCGUAGCACAGGAGAAGAUAGGAUAAGUUUGUUACCGGAUCAUUUGCUGUGUCAGAUACUCUCACAUCUUCCUACAAAGAUUGCUGUUAGGACUAGUGUUUUGUCCAAGAGAUGGAAAAGUGUCUGGCUUUCGUAUCCUAUGUUGGAUUUGAAGAUUUCAGAUUUCCGUUCGUUACCAUGAUUUUGUGAGCUUUAUGAACAGGUUCUUAGACUACUCUAAGGAACUAUGCAUACAGAAGUCAAAACUUUCGUUUGUGAUAAAUCACCGUGAUCCAUCUUACAUGACGCGGUGGAUCCACAAUGCGAUUAUGCGUAAAGUUCAACACUUGGAUCGAGAAGUUUCGCAAUAAGCAAUUUGAGUUCAUCUGCCAAGGUAGAUAUUGAUGUCAAUUAUGAUGUUUUUUACAAUCAUUCUGCUGGAAAUGUCUCCUCAAAGAGAAGCGCAGUGAGAAAAUUCCUCAUCGGUCUCCCAAACGUAAGGGAUAUGACUAUAAGUGGAAAAACUUUGAAGAUUAAUUUGUCUCUACUUGAACCAAGAACUGCUGCCCCAGUUUCCUCAAAUCCUUGGUUUUGGAGCUGAUGGAAUACAAGAAUGAACAAAUGAUGCUCUCAUCAUCAGUUCCAGAAUGUUUAAUAUCGUCCAUGGAAUAUGUCGAGAUGAAAAUACCAAUAAACCAAGCUGGAGCGGAAUUGAAACUAGUAAAGUAUUUCCUCGAGAAUUCGGCAGUGCUCAAGAAGUUUAUGCUGCGAUUGGGUUGUAGCGAAAUGGACGAAGAGUCUGUCAUCUUCAUGGACCUGUUGAAAUUUAGGAGAUACUCUACUUCUUGUGAAGUAGUUGUUGAAAGUGUAGAAGCUUAUCCAACUAUGAUACACAGGUUUUUGUAACACUUCAGUUUGCAGUUUCCCUUUUAGUAUAGUCUGGUAUUGUGAUUUUAUGUAUAUUCUUACCCGAACCGGUUAAUUUUUUAUUCUUUACGUAUUUACGUUUCAUUUUUUAUUUUUCACAAAUCCUCUUCAGUUAACUACCAUCUCUUCAGUUAACUACCAUCUCUAGUUUAGAUUUUUAUAUUAUCUUUCCAUCUAAAGCCAUUUAAAAGAAGGGUUUCUUAAGCAGAGAGAAUCUAAAGGCUCUUUGAAGCGAAUCUGUGGGGGCGGCGAUAUUCGCCGCUAUUGGUUUCUUCGGCAGCGAAGAAUUGUUGAUAACUUGUCUUGAAUGUUUUUCCCAAAAGAGAAAUCAAAUGAGCAACCGUGGAGAUAGGAUAAGCAGCCUACCUGAUGAUUUGCUAUGUCAGAUACUCUCUAAUCUUCCUACAAAGAAUGUUGUUUCUACUAGCAUUUUGUCCACCAGAUGGAGAAAUCUCUGGCUUUCGAACCCUCUCUUUGAUAUAGACAUUGAUGAUUUUGAUGAUUUCAACGAUUUUGUCAGUUUCGCCUCUGGAUUUCUAGAUUUCCAUAAGGACUCAUGCUUACACAAGUUCAAGAUUUUUGGUAAGAGGAAAGAUGUUAGUAUGUGUACAAUCAUGUGGUGGCUCCAUAAUGCAGUUAAGCGUAAAAUCCGACAUCUUGAUGUCGAGUGUUAUUUGGAACAGACGAUUGAUAUGGUGCCUCUAAGCCUUUACUUAAGUGAGACUUUGGUUUCAUUGAGAGUUAAGUGUUUGGUUCUGGUUUGUUUCGAGUUUGUGUCUUUGCCUAAUCUCAAGGUGAUGCAUCUAGAAGAGAUUAUAUACAGUGAUGGUGAUGAUGAUGAUGAUGAUACUCUGGAGAAUUUUAUCUCAUCUUGCCCGGUUCUUGAAGAUUUAACCGUUGUUAGGAUUGUAGAUGAAACCGACGUUAAGGUUUUACGGGUGCGCUCUCAGUCACUAAACAGUCUCAAAAUCGUUGUUGAUUGUACCAAGGAGUGGUGCAUAGGUGCUAAUGGCGAUUGGAAGGUUUUCAUUGAUGCUCCUAGACUCGCUUAUCUGAGUCUUACAGAUACUUAUUCAGUGAGUUUUGAAAUAAGUAAUUUGGGUUCAUCCGCAGAGGUAGAUAUUGAUGUCAGUUUCAAGGUGAACAAAAUUUGGGAUCUAGAUGACUCGUUCGAUAGAAGCAACGUCUGUAUAUUACUCACCGGACUCGCAAGCGUAAGGGACAUGACUAUAAGGGAAACAACUUUGAAGAUCAUGUGUCACUAUCUGAAGCACGAACCGAUGCCUCAGUUUCAUAACAUGACGCGGUUACAGGUGGAUUUCUAUAUUUCUGAUUUGGAAAUGUUGCCAGGCAUUCUUGAGAGCUGUCCAAAUCUCAAACUCCUUGUCGUGGAUCUGCAGAAGGUGAGAGGUAGAGUGGAAAAUGAAGAAAUAAGUUUAUCAUCAUCAUCAGUGCCAAAGUGUUUGCAAUCAAGCCUUGAGGAUGUUGCGAUUAUAAGACCCAACUAUGGAAAUGGAGCAGAGAUGAAACUAUCAAAGUAUUUCCUGGAGAAUUCGCUAGUCCUCAAGAGGUUUACACUAGAUAUGGAUUGUGAUAACGAGGAACAAGAGAAUAUCAUCUUUGAGCAAUUCGAGACAGUCCAGAGACGUUCUAGUGCCUGUGAAGCCAGCCUUGUUGUACGUGAUAUGAUGUAUCCGUUGUCGGAAUUGAUGUUGUGAAUUUUCACUUUAGUUCGGUUCAGUUUGGAAAACUCUGCUUAUGGAAUUUGGUUUGUAAUUCGGAUCUGUCUUUUUUUUUCUUUCAAUUUGGAAAACUUUGGUUUGUAAUUUGGAUGAUGUUUGA